AUGAAUAAUCCGAGACAAGGAAAUCAACAAAGUGCAAGUAAUAUUAAAAAAUUACUUAAUGAUAUUAUUGCUCAGAAAGCUACGGAUGAGCAACCAUUGGAACGACGACAAACACCAAUGGGAACUACAAAAGAUGAUGCUCGAGAGAUAAAUGAAAUACUUGAAUCUUCACCACCAAUGACUCCAACUGAACGAUCUCGUUUGCGAGACUGUUGUGGACCUAUUACACCUUCAACAAUUAUCUGGUACAUUGGUACUUGUUUAUUAUUAGUUAUUGCUUUUGUAGCUCUUGUUUUGUCAAUACUCUUCUUUAUUAAUGACUCAACAACAGACAAAAUCAUUAAAUUAUAUGGUAUUAUUGGUGCCGGUGUUUUAGCGCUUAUUACUUUCAUUAUUAUUUUUGUUGAUUGUUGGAUCGAUGGAACGAGAUUAUAUCUUGAAGAAGCUGUAGUAUAUAGAGUAUUUCAAGUUAAAGAAAGUGAUGAUGAAGCAAUAAAUUCAAGUAAUAUUCGUCAAAAAGUGAACGAUGGAGGACAACCUCAAUCACUUACACUUCAACAACCAUCUGGCAAUCAUGCUUCUCAUCUUUAUUCGUAUCCACCACCUUAUGCUUAUUAUCCACAUCUUCAUCAUCAACAUUCUCAUAUUUCUCAUCAUCAUGAUCAUGGACAUAAUCAUGAACAUCAUCAUAAUCAUGACCAUGGUCAUGAUCAUGAUCAUGAACAUAGUCAUGGACAUGGUCGUAGUCAUCGUCGUCAUCAUCGUACAUAUCUUCCAGGUUCACAUCGUUCUCAUCAAGUUCAUGCUUCUUCACCAAUCUCUCCGGAGCUACCUAUAGUGUUAGAUGAGUCGUACAAAACGAAAAAUACUCAACCAAAUCCUAUUAAGAAUAGCAGUGAACCAUCAAAUAAAAUUAAAGCUCCAUCGAAAACUAGUAAAACUAUUCAUGAAUCAAAACGUGGUCCACAAUCUAAAUUAAAAAUUAGUGAUGUUAUAAGUGGAACACACAUAGAUCCAGCUGAUGAUAUACGUACAGCUAUGAUCCAUUAUGGUCCUAUACCUCGUAAUGUUACAGAAGUUAUACAUGAAACUACGAUUGUAGAAGCUCCACGAAGUCUUCUACCAACACUGAGAAAAACACUUAUACAAAACAACAAAAAUAUACCAAAUACUUGA